UUUUUUUUUUUUUUUUGUUGGGAAAUAAAGAGGCAUUUCAUACCUUCUUUCGUAUUUUAAACGGCUAUCGCUCAGUCAUGCUAUUAUAGAAUCAUUUGAAUAUACUUGAUAAGUAAUGCUUAGCGAAUAUAAUCAUAAAUAUUAUAUUUAGAUUUAAAAUGGGUGCCAUACCAUUGGCUGAAUGUAGAAGUCUUGCUGUGAUGAAUCAAAUAAAUAUGACUAUUUUGAAAAUGUCAUAAAAUCAUUUUCUGCCAUAGCUGUGGAUGAGUAUUUUGAGAAAUUUGUGAUAUGAAGUAUACUUGUAUGCCAACAACAGAUGUACUUCUCGAUCCACUCAUGAUUGUUCAUCAGGCCAUAGUUUAGACAUGGGAUUAUCGCUGCUAGCAGCAAUAGUGUAGUUUUUCAAAUAUUGAGAGUGACUUAAGUGAACUUGUUUCUAAUUUUUUUUGGGGGGUGGGGCUAUUGAUUUAAAUUUUUUCAGAAGCUGAAGUAAUGUAACAAACAUGACGACAAAUGCACCAACUUCAGCUGAUGCUUGUUUAAGUAUAGUUCACAGUUUGAUGUGUCAUAGACAAGGUGGUGAAUCAGAGAGCUUCUCUAAAAGAGCUAUAGAAAGUCUUGUAAAAAAACUUAAAGAAAAGAGAGAUGAACUCGAUAGCUUAAUUACAGCCAUAACAACAAAUGGUGCACACCCAAGCAAGUGUGUAACAAUUCAGAGAACGUUAGAUGGCAGAUUACAGGUUGCUGGUAGAAAGGGAUUUCCUCAUGUGAUAUAUGCAAGAAUAUGGAGGUGGCCUGAUUUACAUAAAAAUGAACUAAAGCAUGUAAAGUACUGUCAAUUUGCCUUUGAUUUAAAAUGUGACAGUGUUUGUGUUAAUCCUUAUCAUUAUGAACGUGUUGUUUCUCCUGCAAUAGAUAUAUCUGGGCUGACUCUCCAAUCUCCUGGUGAGAGUCAGAUGGUAAAAAAUGAAUAUGGUGAGUUGGAUUGUGGGCCCAGUGGCAUACAAACAAUUCAACAUACUCCUCAAACUGUGCAACAUCAUCCAGCGCAACCCCAGACAGAUCCAUUUGGGAGACCGUUGUUGCCCCCAUCCCAAGCUCCUACCAUUCCAAAUAUUUCUCAUCAGGCACAACCAGUCACUCAGCCUUUAACAGUAUGUACACAGCAACUGCAAGUGGUUGCUCCUCCUUCUGCUGCCUCCUCUUCUCUUUCAACACCACCGUCAACUCCUUCUGUAGCUCCUCUAUCCACACCUUCACCUGGAUUUUUUUCUCCUAGCCAAGAAGCACAAACUAUAUCCCAGUUAAAUGGAAAUACAACCUUAGAUUCCCUUUCUCCACACCUGACACCAAAUACGAUUAAUGGGCUUGGAACAUCCCCACCACAACCAGCUGUUCCUUCGAGCUUUACUUCAAACAGCAGUGAGUUAUCUACUGGUUCAUCAAAUACAUGGACUGGAGGAAGCACAUUGUCAUAUACUCAGUCAAUGGUGCCACCUGAUAAUACUAUUGUUAUACGGUCACAAAAUUACUGGCAACAUGCUCAGUUGCAUAGUGACCUUAAUUUACAGGGUGCUCUUUCUAAUCAACCUGCUCCAGAAUAUUGGUGCUCUAUUGCAUACUUUGAACUUGAUCAGCAAGUUGGUGAAACUUUUAAAGUGUCUUCAAGCUAUAGCAGCGUAAUUGUAGAUGGUUAUGUUGAUCCAUCUGGUGGAAAUAGAUUUUGUUUAGGAGCUCUGUCUAAUGUACAUAGAACAGAACAGAGUGAAAGACCUAGACUACAUAUUGGAAAGGGAGUUCAGUUAGACCUCCGAGGGGAAGGUGAUGUCUGGCUACGUUGUCUGAGUGAUCACAGUGUUUUUGUUCAGAGCUACUAUCUAGAUAGGGAGGCUGGUAGAGCCCCAGGUGAUGCUGUUCAUAAGAUUUAUCCAAGUGCCUAUAUCAAGGUUUUUGAUCUUCGACAGUGCCAUCGGCAAAUGCAACAACAGGCAGCCACUGCGCAGGCAGCAGCUGCUGCUCAAGCUGCAGCUGUGGCUGGCCGUAUUCCUGGGCCAAAUUCUGUAGGAGGCAUAGCACCUGCUAUUAGUUUAUCUGCUGCUGCAGGUAUUGGAGUGGAUGAUUUGAGGAGAUUAUGUAUUUUACGCUUGAGUUUUGUUAAAGGCUGGGGUCCUGAUUAUCCUCGUCAAAGCAUCAAAGAAACCCCUUGUUGGAUUGAAGUUCAUUUACACAGGGCUCUGCAGCUAUUAGAUGAAGUUUUACACUCAAUGCCUGUCCAUGAUCCACGCCCUCAUGAUUGAUUUUUGUACAUAAAUUCAAGAAUUGCCAAGAUUACCAAAGCUUACAAAUUCAGUUUUAAAGAAGAUUUUGAAACAAUUGCUUGCUUUUAAUUUUUUAAUGUUAUAGUCACAAGUUUUAGUCUGUUUUAAAAUCAUUAAUUAAAAAACCCUGCAUUUUUUUUUUGUAUUUUGAAGGACCAAAAAAAAAUUUUUUUUUUUUCAUCACUUUUCAUGUCAUGCUGUACAUUAUCCAGUUUAUUCAAUAACUGUGAAGUGAGGAUUUUUUUUUUUUUUUUUUUUUUAAGAAUUAAUCUUUGCUUUUUAUGAGAAUUCAUGUGAUUUUUUUAAUCAAAAGAAUACCUUUAAUCUACAUUUGUUCAAUAAUGUCAUUGUUUUAGACAAUUCAUUCAAUUUUAGUUGAUGAGAAUCAAAAAUACUACGAGUUGAACAAAAGAAAAAAAAAGACGUGUAAUAUGUAUGCAUAUUGUAAAAUUUAUUUUGCCUUUUGUUGGCAUGUACAAAAUCAUACUGUUAAUAAAUAAGCUAUUUAAAUGAUA